GUAUCUGCUCUCUCAUUGGCUAGAGUGGUCCCACCUGAUCUUGCCUCCUCCCGACUGCCUUCCAUUUUUCAAGUCAUUUUCAAUGUACCAUAUCUGGACAAUAUAAUGGACACUAUGUGGUAAUGCUACUGCUGUUUUAAUGUUCGUUUAAUGACAUUUAAAUAGUUUGUUUUUCAACAUGACCAUGGACCUAACUUUUCUGGGGACAGGGUCGGCAUAUCCUUCCCCCCAUCGUGGCGCUUCUGCCCUCGUACUCAGAACAGAAGGGGAGUGUUGGCUGUUUGACUGCGGAGAAGGGACGCAAACUCAACUGAUGAAGAGUCAAUUGAAGGCUAGCCGAAUCACCAAAGUGUUCAUCUCUCACCUGCAUGGUGAUCACCUCUUUGGUCUACCAGGGCUACUGUGCACUGUGAGCCUAAACCUCAACCCCUGUCCCACCCAGCCUCCAACAUGUGUGGAUAUCUAUGGUCCCCAGGGUCUCAGGCAGUUCCUGAGGGUGGCAUUAGAGCUCACCAGCUCCCAGCUUCUUUUCCCCUAUUCAGUACAUGAGCUAGAGCCCACCACUGACCAGUGUCCUACAGAGGGUAAUCUAAGCCCUGACGUCACAGCAGAUUCUGGGCGUCUCCAUCCCCAAGAACGCGCCGGCCGAACAAUCCCCCUGGAUGUCAACAGUGACUGCUAUGUUAUACUGGAGGAGAAGCGUUUUGUUGUGAAGGCGUUCCGUUUGUUCCAUCGGGUACCCUCCUUCGGGUUCUCUGUUCAAGAACACGAUUGGCCAGGGCGUUUGAACACAGAACUACUGAAGGAUCUUGGUUUGAAGCCUGGACCACUCUAUGGGCGACUGAAAGCUGGUGAGUCAGUGACAUUGGAAAAUGGACAAGUGGUGAAGCCCAGUGAGGUGCUGGAGGAAGCCAUUCCAGGGAGAAAAGUUUGUGUUUUAGGGGAUUGCAGCUCGUUAUUGGGGGAGGGACCCCUGAGGGCCUGUCACAGAGCUGACAUCCUGGUGCAUGAGGCCACCCUGUCAGAUGAGCAUCGGGAGAAGGCAGUGGACCAUGGGCACAGCACACCUAGUAUGGCAGCUGCAGUGGCACAGGCCUGUUGUGCACGUAUGCUGGUGCUCUACCAUUUCAGUCAGAGGUAUAAGCCGGCCAGCCAGCACAAAGAGGGUGAUGAGGAUGAUGUCGUGGAGCUCAGGAGACAAGCUGAGGAGGCUUUGCAGGGCACAGGCAUAGAGGUGACCCUGGCGGAGGACUUUCUCACGAUACCCAUACCCCUCAUAAAGCUUCACUGAGGCCUUACACUUGGUAGUUAUGAUAAAUACUGUAAACAAAAGCCAGAGUGAGCAGGUUGGGAAUUAAGCAUCGAAUGAAUGACUUGGUGUCUGGGAAAUAUUUAGUAAAUUGUCUGAAUAAAAAAAGUAUUGACUCUUUCUCCUUAUUUUACUCUGUGAUAGGGUUCAAGGCAAUCUCCAUUUUUAAGUUGUCAAUUUUCUUCUUCAUGAUUGGCAGAUACCUCCUGAUGACCAGGUUGGACAUGACUCCAACAUGGUCAUCUGGAGGGCUUAGCCAAUAAAUUUGGAAGUCCCACCUAGUUCACUAGAUUAAAACGGUGUAAACUCUCAAUGGCGCAGUCCAUGCCGAAAUGGUAUUUUGGCCGCUAGAGGCCUCUAUCACUCUCUAUGGUUCACACAACAGAAUUGCACGUAUUCAAUUUUACCAGAUUAUUGAAAUCAACCUAGCGAGAAUGGUACAUGCACAAUGAAAAUGAUAAAUAAAUGUAAUUUGAGUCUUCAAAAUAUUCAGAAACGAACUGCUUUACUAGCUUUAAACCAGGCUAGUUUUCUCUUGGUGGGAUUGAAUC